ACUAUUUACUUAUUAUUUUACUGGAGAAACUGUCAAUGGCCAAUGCUCAGAAGUCACCAACAGAGAGAACACCUCCCAUUACUACUGAAUGCCAUGAAGAAAUAGGACAUAAUGGAAAAGAAGAGUUAGUAACCAGUCAGAUAUAUACAGGAACUAGAAGGAGGCAGCAGCAGCAGCAAUACUUAGAAGAUAUCAAAGAAAAAACUGUUCAAAAGCUCUUGCCUCAAGUGACUGGCACCCCAACAGCUAGUACAGGGACAACAGCUAGUGGAGGGACAACAGCAGCUGCUACAGGGAAGAGUGCUGAGACUGAAAAUGAAGUUAUGAAAAGAUUGUUUGAUCUGCCAUCAUUCAAGCAGAUACCGAAAGAAAUCAGAGAGAGAAUGAUGGAGGAAAUAAGAGGACAAAAGGGAAGUGAUGAUGAUGAUGCAAGCUCAGGGUAUCAAUCACUGAUAAGCUCUUUAAAGUCUUUAUGAUGAUCAUCCACUCUCUCUCUCCAGACUUUCUCAACACCUCUCUCUUUCCUCUCUUCUCCUUCAACUCUUCCUAUUAUAACUUGUUAGGCAGUUUAUAGUAACUGAAUGUACUAUAAGUCUGCCCAUAUGCUUAUACUGCAAACCUAUUCUCUUCUUCACUUACAAUGUAUUACUGUAUAAUUUGUGAAUCAAUACCAUUAGUAUUAUAAUUAUAUUAUUAUAUGUAUAUUCUAUUUUUCUUCGUUAUAUUUCUGCAUAAUACAAA